UAUGAAUCUCAUGUUACACAAAUUGAAAGAUACAUACUCAAUUAUUUUACAGCCCUGCCCCUGAGGAAAAGGCUGCUGGAACGGUAGUACCUCCUCCUUCGUCAGAACAGAAUGGAUUAGUAAAGGAUCAAAAACAGGCCGAAUUCGUAAGUGCUCCUACGAUUGAUGAAGAAACAGUACGCAAGGCGUUGUUAGACUACGCAAGUGACCAGUGUUGCUGGGGUAAAGGAGCAGCACGAGAUAUGAAAAUUGAAAAACUGGAGCCGUCUACUUCUUAUCAUUAUAUACUGGAGACAUUCACAGAAAGCAGAAGAAUAGUAUUGGAUUAUGUACCACACUAUACAAAUAAAGUUGAUGGACCUGCAAAUGGGCAACCUCCAGGACCAUGGGAAAUGCAAGCAAGAACCCCAACGAUGUUUGAAGACGACUCGAGUGAAAUUGCCAUCCCACAUACACAUUACGUUAAAAGUUGUCACACUUGCGGGGCAAGCGGAAAGGUUGAAUGUUUUGUAUGCCGUGGAAGUGGACAUGUGAAAUGUAAUGGUGGUUGCAGUGGAAAAGGUGAACAAAAAGUUUAUAGAAACAGCGCAUGGGUAAUGGAAAGGUGUAGUAGAUGUAGUGGAAGAGGUGAAAUAAGUUGUAGCAGUUGUGGAAGUAGCGGAAGGAGAACAUGUACCAGUUGUGAUGGUCACCUCCAACUAUUAUGGUUCCAGAAACUAAUCAUUUCUUGGCGCAACAAUAGGGCUGAACAUGUUGUGGAAAAAACAAGCCUUCCACCAGAGAUGGUCGCUCAUGCGUCAGGAUCCAUUGGGUUUGAGGACUUACAGCAACAGGUACUUCCAUUGAAAAUGUUUCCAGAACCAGAGAUAAACUCUGCCUCCCAAAGACUUCUAGGGGGACACAGGUUUCCAGAUAGACGUAUAUUAAUGCAACGUCACAAGAUCCGCAUCAUUGCUGUUACCAAAUGCACAUGUAUAUACAAGAAUAAAGACAUGACUUACUACGUGUUUGGAUUGGAUAAUGAUGUACACGCACCUGAUUAUCCACAACAGUCAUGCUUUGGAUUUAUUAAUUGUCCAAAAUGUAGCUGGGAUUGCUGUCCCGAAGAAAUAAGGGAAGAUAGGGACUUUUUCAGGGAAGAAUGUUCAAUUUUGUAAACACAAAUGAACAUAUUUUGCCAUAUCUGUGAAAGAUAAAAUAUAGCUGAAAUAGAUGUAGAUUUCGGUUAAAAUGUAGUUUCCACAAAAUGUCUUUUAUAUUUGAUAGGAAAAUAUUUACCUUUCUGCUCUUGUUUCGUGUAUCAAUUUGUUUUGAUAUUUUUACAAUUUCAUCUCUUUACGUAACGUGUUAACUUAUGCGUUGUACUGUUGUGUUGUGGUUUUUAAUGCUGAACAUUUGUAGAUAUGUCAUAAUAAUACGACACGAAUUCCUUAUGACAUUAAAGGAAAUUAUUGAACUUAUGUAUACCUAUAUACCAAAUAAAAUCCUAUGUUAACGUG